UUGGCCAGAGCCCGCUUCCAGCGCGCAGCAGGCAGGAGACUGUAAGUCAAAGGUCCCUCAAGCCCAUCACCAGGUCAGCGUCAAGGUGUCUCCUCACGACACUGAGAUGAAAACAGCGGAAGAGCCAGCCCCGAAUCUCAGGCAGACCCUGGAGUGGCUGAGAAAGGAGCUGGCUGAGAUGCAGAUCCAAGACCAGAAGCUCCUGCUCACACUGAGGCAUCUCCACAGUGUCCUGGAGGAGCUCCGUUCUGAGAGUGCCCACUGGGAGGAUGCCAGGUCCAGCGGAGGGACAUCGCCCAUCAGAGCUCGAGCAGGCUCCGAAGGCAGGGGCCACCAUCCCGUGUCAUCCAGGAGGCUGGCGCAGCUCCUCCAAGGGGUAGACAGCAGACGAAGCUCCCUCCCUUAACUGGCUAGAGGUGACCGUGGAAUUGAACCCUCCCACCACUAGCCUAAGUUUUGUGAUGUUGUUGGGGGAAAGCCCUGGAAUGGGAAUCAGGAAGUUUCUAGGUUCACCUCUGCCCUCAUCCACUAAGUGUCCCUGGACCUAGCACUCAACUUCUCUAAGUCACUAGUUCCUUUUCUGUCACUCAUCAGCAUUUUUGAUGAGACACAAAAUUGAAUGUGAACAUGCUUUGAAAAACGCAAGUAUUUUACAUGGCUUCUGGAAAGCACCAUGACGUAGUCCUAUCUUUGGACGUUUCUCAAAAAAUGAUUGUUAAAACAAAGAGCUUAAUGUGUGAGGAUGUUCAUCUAGUCUUGCCACCAUGAAAAACAGAACCCUGGGUAAUGACAUGAUGGUUGUUUGUGGUUUUCCCAGCAGGCCUUCUCAUUCCCCUUUAUCUGAAAGCAGCAGACCCUGUCACCCUCUGGCCAAGGGGAUGGACACGUGAUCAGGCCUGCCCAAUUAUAAUGCAUGGUCGAUUGGCCCAGUGAUUUGGCAUGUGACAAAACCUAGCCAAUCAUAGCCCUUCUCUGGGAUUGCGAGCUGGACACUUGUUCUACUGCAGUUGCAAAGCUGGGGCUGUCAGUGGCCACGUUCCCUGCCAGGUGAGGAAGACCUCUCUGUGCUAGAAAAGAAAGAGGCUAAUCUCAAAAGGGAAGUAGAGAGAGGGCCACACAAGAGAUAGGCUUGCUCUUUUUAGUUCCUGGUUUCAGUCCUAGUUCUAUGAAUUAUUCCUGCAUUCUUUCCAGUAACUGAAACAAGUAAACUCCACCACCAUUACACACUUAUGUCCUUUCGCUUAAGCUUUUUUGAGUGGGGUUUUCCUCAUUUGCACCCAGAACAGUCCCGAAGAAUACAAUGCAGAUGGUCAAAGAAGCAAAGCUGGGAAAUGAUGAAGCAAAUAGCAUCUCACUCAUUCAGAGUUAGCAAUAACGACCCUGUACCAGCAGACAGCAAGGUGUAUGAUGUGGCAGAACACUGAGCUGCAUGGGGUGCUGUGGUAUAACUGAAAAAUUUUAUCUGCCUAUAAGACAGACUUUAAAAUGGAAGAGGUAAAAAAUACAAAGUCCUGUGGUUUAGAUGGUCUGAUUGUUGG